UUGAGCUUACGAUAUUUAGUAGAGAGCUCGUGUCUUAUCGAUAACAAGAGCGAUUUAGAUUACUGUCGAUAUGGCGAUACAAGUUCAUACUGUCCACAUAUAAAUUUACAUUAGUUGUGUUAAUCAACAGUAGUAUCCAUCUGUAGCGUGACUUGGACAUCGGUUUUCUUGUACUAGACAACCCUUCGGAUGAUGAUAUCAUGAUGAGCGUCUAAGUUUGAAACUUUUUGGGGGCCUACCACUAUAUUUUAAAGUAAGAGAGAAGAGAGAUACCGCUCUACGCCGUGUAACACGCCAUCUUGCUUCCACAAUUACUUAAGUGAUAAAAAUGAAGCCAAAAAUUCUCGACCGUGCCAUCGUGGGUGCCAGUCUCCUGGGCAUCCUCAUUUCGACUUACGCACUCAACGUAGAAAUGGCCAUUCAAGCUAAGCCUGAGUACAAGGCGUUCUGCGACAUCGCCGAGUACCUCAGCUGCUCGAAGGUUUUAUCUUCUGAAUUCGCCAAAGGUUUCGGUUUGUUACCAAACGAGUCUGCGCUGAAGAUUCCAAACUGCAUCUACGGAAUAAUCUUCUACUGCCUGUGUAUAUUUUUAUCUUCAUUUGACAAGCUGAACGUGAUUCGCGCUCUAUUCGGACUCGCCUUAUGCACUAUCCCCAUGUGCCUGUACUUGGCGUACCUUCUGGCCUUCGUACUCCACGACUUCUGCGUCGUCUGCGUCUCCACUUACAUCAUAAAUGGAGUUCUCACCUUCCUCAUCUAUAAGAAAAUGAAAGUUUUAUCUGCGAAGAAGACCUGUUAAUUUAAUAUUUAAGAAACAUUCCAAAUUCCUGUAUAUUGCAUUUAUCUUUAUUAAAUAAACUACACAAAU